ACCAUUUUAACUAACUUCAUUUUCGAUUCAACUUCAAGUGAUCCAAAACGGGUGUUCCUUUGUGGAUGCUUGGAUUCGGUGCAGUUCGUCUGCGAACCGAUAUGAAUCGAUUACUUUCGUUACUCUUUCAUCAAGGCGUUCUCGACGAACAGUUUCUGCAACUCCAACAACUUCAAGAUCAAACGUCUCCCAACUUCGUCUCCGAAGUCGUCACCAUCUACUUUCACGAAUCCGAAAAGCAGCUUCGAAACCUCCGAAACCUAGUGUUGGAUAGAGAGACGUGGGAUUACUGUAAACUGGGAAUACAUUUGAACCAGUUGAUGGGAAGCAGUUCAAGCAUUGGUGCUAAAAGGGUUAGAAACAUAUGUGCUGCUUUUCGAGCCGCCGUCGACCAGAAUAAUCGUCCAGCGUGUAUGAGAGCAUUAGAAGUGCUUGAACAUGAAUACUGUUAUCUGAAAAACAAGCUGCAUGAAUUGUUUCAAAUAGAGCAAGAAAGAGUUCUGGGAGAUGCAGUGAGAUAUCCAGGUGCAGUUAACCAGCAGUGAAUGGAAGGGAGGGCAUGCAG